AUGUGCACUUCUUCAUGCUGGGAUAUUCAGAUCUCUAAAAGGAUCCGCCAUGCUGCUGCUAAUGUGCUUAGGGAAUGCUGGCUUCUGCACCGCGCAAACCUGACAAAGGGCAACCGCGGUGAGCACCGAAGACACCAGCGAUGCCUUCUGGAAGCCAUCAGAGCAUUUCGGCAAUUACGGCUCAAACAAAGAAAGCUGAGAGAUUAUGCCAGUGAGAUGGUGGACUUCCCAAAGUUGCAGAUGAUCAUGUGUGACCUCAGUGCCAAUUGGAAUAACUGCUAUCGGGAGCUGGAGGAGCGUAUCCUCUCCAUGGAGCAGAAGCUAGAUGAGCUGAACCGCUGCUUCCAACAGACAUCUGAGCUACUGUCUCAGUUCUUACGGCACCGUAACCCAGAAAUAAGGUGACACAACAAUAUGAACUUCAGGAGCAGACAGAUGUAUUGUCUCUGGUAUUUUAAUUUUCACUAAUCAUGAAAAUGAGACGGUGAAUCCUCUCCACUGAGGGCUGGUCCAGACUGUUAACAUGCUGAACCACUUGGAGGACUGGCAUACCUACAAAAGAUCUCAUCUUCUGGCCUGGUGCUGAGUGCACUGCAGCAUGACUCAUAGCUGUAAAAUUACAAAGAACUAUGGAAGAAUCACAGUUCCUUUUUUUUUUUUUUAAUCGCCAGUGUUUUUUUAAUCACUUGUAAUUGUGACUAAGCACAAGAAGUGUUUUGUGAUCUACACUGUCAAAGGCUCCAGGGAUCGCUUUUACUGCUAAUUAUAAGGUUUCAUUGAUGGACUCCAUCACUGCCUAAUUCCUGUGGAAUAAGAUGU